AUAACACAUCACAUUCGCAAAGCCAUCUUUUUUCAGUGUAUAGCUGCCUUAGAGUCUAUAAAAGCCGUUCAAAUGAAAAUUGAAUUGAAUUGAAAAUGAAUAUUGUUGCAUAUUACACUCUCAAUAAGAAGUUGAUGUAAUGAACAGCGAGGACCAAGGCCGUGAUGAUAUUAUAGUAGAUACUCAAAAAGGAAUUGGUGGAGUGAACAGUAAGAGUCAAAGCCGAGCUGAUAUUAAAGUAGAUACUCAAGAAGAAGUCGAUGAAAUGAACAGCGAGAGUCAGAGACGUGGUUAUAUUAUAGUAGAUACUCAAGAAGAAGUCGAUGAAAUGAACGGCGAGAGUCAAAGCCGAGCUGAUAUUAUGGUGGAUACUCAAGAAGAGCUCGGUGGAGUGAACAGCAAGAGUCAGAGACGUGAUGAUAUUAUAGUAGAUACUCAAGAAGAAAUCGAUGAAAUGAACGGCGAGAGUCAAAGCCGAGCUGAUAUUAUGGUGGAUACUCAAGAAGAGGUCGGUGGAGUGAACAGCAAGAGUCAGAGACGUGAUGAUAUUAUAGUAGAUACUCAAGAAGAAGUCGGUGAAAUGAACAGCGAGAGUCAAAUCCGUGAUGGUUUUAUGGUGGAUAACAAAGAAGAGGUCGGCGCAGUGAACAGCAAGAGUCAACGCCGUGAUGAUAUUAUGGUGGAUACUGAAGUAAAAGUCGAUGAAAUGAACAGCGAGAGUCAAAGCCGAGUUGAUAUUUCAGCUGUUAAAGUGGAUACUCAGGUUGAUAGAUCUGGCACAACACUAGCAGAAAAUCUAAAGUGGCCCACUACGUUACUGAUAUUUCUUGCUGCUUUUGGUUCGGUA